AUGCAUCGUUUUGGAUCGGACGAAAUGGAUGCUCCGAAGCUGUUGGUUGGCUUGAUAUGCAGCGACGCUGAAUUGGUUGAGUAUUACGUGCGGCUGAUCACUGAAAUUAAACGCUUCUGCCUGAAGGCAUCAAAGAAGAAGGCAAUCUGUAUCGGUGCAGCAGCAUUAUCGGAGCAAACAGCUCUUUUGCUUAUGGAAUUCGCGCAAAACUAUCAAACAUUUUUGCGAAUUAUUUAUCCGUUGCGGUACUCCGCACCAAUGCUGCUGAUCAAGGCAAACAUAGGCAAAAUUGGAGCUAUUCAAAGCAUCAGCGCGGAAGCAACAUUCCAGGAGCCACUGGACGCGAAGCACCUUCUCUACAACGACUGUGAUACAGUGCUGCACCAAGUCAGCCAUGGGCUCAUCGAUGCCCUAAGUGAUGUGUGCAGCUGCAGGCCUGAACCGAUCGCCACCACAUGCCGUCAACGGAGCAGCCUGGUGGAGCAUUUUCGGCUACAGCAACUCCAGUGCGUCCAUAUGCAAAUUGCAUUCGGCACAGCUGUGGCCAGUAUCCGUGUGGCCGCCCAUGAUACCAGAACGCUGCAACUCCAGUGCGUCCACAUGCAAAUUGCAUUCGGCACAGCUGUAGCCAGUAUCCGUGUAGCCGCCCAUGAUACCAGAACGCUGGUGCUACAAAUUGUCGGCGAACUGGGUUUCAUUCAGCUCGACCCACGCAUGCUUGUUCUGGAGGGACGCGAAGGACAGGGAGUGCUGUGGCGAGGCGAUGGUACCAUGGAGAGCAUUAUUCGUACUGGCCUAAUUAAAGCUAUGGAGAACUGUGAUUCCGGAACGAAUUCCUCGAUUAGUAAUGAGCUUGUCCUGGUGCGCUGUGUUUCCAAUUGCCGUUUUAUUUAA